UAAUAUCUCAUAGCAAUUGGAAACGUUUGCGUGUAAUCAUGUCUACCGCAGUCACUUUGUUCUUGCUAUCAGUCUCAAUUGCGUAUAAUGACGCAGCUAGAAUACUGGCUAUGUUUCCUGUACCAUCAAUUAGCCAUCAAGUAGUUUUCAGACCUUAUACUCAAGAAUUAGCUAGAAGAGGCCACCAAGUGACUGUUAUAACACCAGAUCCUGCAUUCCCAAAGGGAGAAGUUCCAGCUAAUCUAACAGAAAUUGACGUUCAUGAUUUUUCCUAUGAAAUGUGGAAGUCUUUUUAUAAAGUGACGUCGACUGGUGAUAAUGAUUUGAUUCUGCAGAUGACGUUAGCAUUUUCUAUAAUAGUGGAUAUCGUUGAGAUGCAGUUGAAGUUGGAUGUGGUGCAGAAGAUUUUGAAGGAGGAAAAGUUUGAUUUGUUGCUGUUAGAAGCUUGUGCGAAGCCAGCGUUGGUGUUAUCACAUGUGUAUAAGGUUCCAGUGAUUCAAGUGUCGUCCUUUGGUCCUAUGAAUUUCAACGUAGAAACUAUUGGGUCAGCCUGGCAUCCGUUGCUUUACCCAGGGAUUUUAACUAAGCGUUCACUCAAUUUAUCAAAAUGGGAAAAGCUUGAAGAAUUGUGGAACUUUUAUAGAAUCGAAAAAAUUCUAAAGGGUGUUGAAAAUUCAGAGAAUGAAAUGGCUGAACGACUAUUUGGACCAGAUGUGCCAUCGAUGAGUGAAUUGAAGAAUAAUGUUGAUAUGCUGUUUUUGAAUGCUCAUCCAAUAUGGGACGGGAAUCGUCCAGUGCCUCCUAGUGUUAUUUACAUGGGAGGACUACAUCAGAAACCUCAAAAGGAAUUACCGGCGGAUCUCAAAAGAUACUUAGACUCUUCGAAGAACGGUGUCGUGUACAUCAGCUUCGGUACAAACGUCCAACCUUCACUGCUACCGCAAGACAGAGUUCAGAUGAUGGCCAAAGUGUUUUCUCAGCUGCCUUACGAUGUGCUAUGGAAGUGGGACAAGGACGAACUGCCAGGACGCUCUAAGAACAUCAAGAUAUCAAAAUGGCUGCCACAGUCUGAUCUUCUAAGGCAUCCUAAAAUCAAGCUAUUCAUAACACAAGGAGGUCUACAAUCAACAGACGAGGCUAUAACUGCUGGAGUACCUCUGAUAGGAUUCCCUAUGUUAGGAGAUCAAUGGUAUAAUGUAGAAAAAUAUGUUCAUCACGGAAUUGGACUACAACUCGAUCUACUUUCAACGAAUGAGGUCGAAUUCAAGAAUGCUAUAAGCACUGUUAUUAAUGAUGAAAGGUAA